GACCAUUCACCAUCAACAGCUUCGACCUCGUCCCCCACCUAGUCGGUCGUCCACCUCCUACGUACCCUGCGUCAUGCCGAACGCCAUCGAUAUCUCAGCCUCCUCUAUGACCGGCCUGUUGGGCGCGGUCGAGGCUUCAAAAACGGCGCAUUCUCUGACCCGCAAGCCGACAGCAAAAACGACAGGCGAUGAUACUGCAGAUGACAUUUACAACCUCUCACGUUAUAAGAAGGGCUCAGCCAUCACAAAGAAUAGCUCAAAGUCAAGGGAUUACUCGGAAAGGAACUUCAAGGGCUCAAACAAAGGUGUCAAGUCACGGGCGAUGAAAGAUAGAUCGGACACGCAAGCUCCACGGAUGUCAUCGAAACCUCCCUCAGUCCAAGAACAGUUGGCCAUGGAAGCACUCGAACGCAAGUCCAAAAUCUACGAAGCUACUAUACGGGGUCAGAAAGGAGGAUUGUCCGAAAAACAGCUGGAAGCCUGUCCAUUGGAUGUUGAUGCCAAGCGAGCGAAUCUACACUCAAAAGCCGACUCGGACACUGACGAAAGCGUGGAAGAACUAUCCAAGUCUGCGAACAUUGCUUCAUCAUCCAUGCCCCCCACCUCUUUCGCAGGUCGAUUAUCCUCUGCACAAGAUUCAUCGAGACCGGCUAUGCUUGGUGAACAAGAGACUGAAGAAGAAGAAUGGAUCGAGGGUAAAGAUGAGUUCGGGCGAGAUAUCCUGAUUCCCGCAACUAAAUUCCAAAGUGUCACACUCGACCCCCAGCGGACUUUGGCAUUUACUCAGACAGAAAGUGCAAGUCAUCUCCAAGGAAUUGGAGCCCACUAUGGCGCACAAACUGACUUCCCACUGCUGGAGCCCACCGAACGACCUCAACCAAAGAGGACAACAGAUGAGCCUAUCGAGAAGUACUUUGACUCAAAGGCUGAGCGCCGUCAGCUGGGCACGGCCUUCUAUGCACUGUCCAGUAAUCCAGAAGAGCGCCAACGUCAACAGGAGGAACUUCGGGCACGCGAGGAAGAGACCAAGCAGGCCCGGACCACUACCACCAGUCUUCCCGAUCAACAGUUGAGUGCCGCCGAAAAAGCUCUUGAAGCCCGUAAACGCCUCUUGCAAUCUAAGAAGGAAGAACUUGCUCGUAAGCGCAUGAAGAAAACAGAUGCGAGCUCAGCUGGCCCUGCUCCGCUAUCAUGAUCUAUUCAAGAGUUUAUCCAUGUAUCAUCAAACGUUGGACCGUAGGCUGCAUCAUCCAUCCUACCCCUUCCUGCUUGUAUCAUCGAAGUCAACGUCGUUCAAAAGUUACAUAUCAAAGAAACAGAUGCACGAGGAAAACUUGGCUUGAUCAAUUUGAAUCAAAUCCUAUCGAACCAAAUCCACUAGUCAAGCAAGUUUCAGUUCACUAUUGGGACGAUAUUUCUCUGAGUUGCAGCCCUACAAGAUGAUAUUGUGGCAUGUACCGACGGCCCAACGCGAGCAUAUUAUCUUUGGCAGCUCUAUCAAUGAACCCACGGUGGGUCUCAAAUGCACGGACAGAAAGAGACCGUCGAUUAAACAAAUGGUUUGGACACCCCUGCCUUUUCUCAGUCCCUGUCUUUUUUCUUUUCUUUCAAGCUCAGGUCCACCCAGUGACUUGUCAACCACUCCUUUGUUGAGCCCUUCCAGUCCAAACAAAAAGAAAACCAGGGAACACAGUUCCCUCAGACGAAAGCUCUGCUAUUUAUCUUCUUAUUUAUAAUGUAUAUAUGUGUCAUUAAUGCAACGAUUUCAAAGCCAUUUGAAUAUAUAAACCUGUUUUGUGA